AUGAAGCACCUCGCUACCAACAAACGUAUAUUACUACCAGCCAUCAUACUAUUCACUCUCGUGUCUUUGUUUUUUAUUUACAACCUGUCAACCGCUAGCAGAGAUGCCACCACCAAUGCUCCAGCAGUAAUCAGAAAAAAGGCAAACAUCAUUGAAGAUACCGCAUUAGUGGAUCAGAUUCAAUUAACAAGACAAGAGUGGGAAGCUUGCCUGGAUCCAGGAAAUACACCUUCAGAAUAUCUCUCGAUUGUUAUUGUCACCAGAGUCGAUAAUUAUGCUGGCGGGCAACAUCAUCGUCUUCAGAAUUUCAUUGACUCUGCUUAUAUCUUGGCCGAAAAGACACAAGAAAAGAUUGAAUUAUUGAUUGUGGAAUGGAAUCCACCUGCCAACCAUAGAAGAGUGAUUGACGCUUUUAGAUUUAGAGGAUCAAAGUACCUGAAAUAUAGAAUUAUCACUAUACCCAACUCGCUUCACGAAAUCAUUCAAAACCGGGGCAAAUCACCUUUACAUGAAUUUGAAGGUAAAAAUGUUGGCAUUCGAUUUGCCAGAGGUGAAUUUGUUGUCUGCACCAACCAAGAUGAUAUUUGGUCCCAUAAUUUCCACAAUGCCAUUAAAUCACGAGUAUUCCAAAAGGGUGUUAUUUAUGUACAACACCAAGAUCACCACAACAUUCACGACAAUUUGCCACCCUCUAUUGUCAACUUGGAGCCAUUUCCUAGCGACGAUGUGAUUUACAACAGCUGUAAAUUGGGUGAGCAGGACUGGGGAAACUAUACAUUGCCUCCUCCCAUCACAGUGACCAGCAGAAACAACCCUGAUAUCAAGGACAGAACCACCACCAUGAAUAUUCUCGAAGUGGCAGAUCAAGCUGGUGAUUUUACUAUGGCUCACAGAGACACAUGGAAAGUUCCUAGAGGGUAUAGAGAAGCAGGAGGUGUUGCAUGGAUGGAUAUUGAAUUUAUUUGCACUGCUGCUUGGACCAAGAAAAUCCCAGUUGUGUAUGUCAAGCCUGGUUUUACUUGCCAUCAAGAGCAUGCUAAUAUUUGGGAGAGCAACAAGGAAGCCAUGAAUGAUAAUAAGGAUAUUGACAUGAGCAAGAUUGAACGUGGAGAGAGCGUGUAUAUGAACAAGGAAAAUGAAUGGGCCCUGUUAAGCUACAACAUUUAUGAAGAGGGUCUAAGUUGCAUGGAAUUUCAAGGUGGACUUGCUUGGUAA